GCUCCCAAACACUGGAUGCUUGACAAGCUUGGAGGCGCUUUUGCUCCCAAGCCAUCUCCUGGACCUCACAAGCUAAGGGAGUGCCUCCCCCUCAUCCUUAUCCUCCGAAACAAGCUUAAAUAUGCACUCACAUAUCGCGAAGUCAUUUUAAUUCUCAUGCAGCGACAUGUUCUUGUUGAUGGAAAAGUCAGAACUGAUCAGAAGUACCCUGCAGGCUUUAUGGACGUUGUAUCCAUUCCAAAAACGAACGAGAACUUCAGACUCCUCUAUGAUGUCAAGGGUCGUUUUCGCUUGCGAUCAAUAACAGAGGACGAGGCAAAGUUCAAGCUCUGUAAGGUGAGAUCGGUGCAGUUUGGGAAAAGGGGUAUUCCCUAUCUGAACACAUACGAUGGACGAACCAUCAGAUAUCCUGACCCGCUUAUCAAAGCUAACGACACCAUAAAACUUGACCGAGACUCCUACAAGAUCACUGACUUCAUAAAGUUUGAAGUUGGAAAUGUUGCGAUGGUGACGGGUGGGAGGAACAGAGGACGAGUUGGGGUUAUAAAGAGGAGGGAAAAACAUAUGGGCACCUUUGACACCAUCCAUGUCCAAGAUGCUGUUGGGAACGAAUUCGCUACUCGUUUGGAAAACGUUUUCAUUAUUGGUCAGGGCUCAAGACCAUGGGUCUCUUUACCCAAAGGAAAGGGAAUCAAGUUGAGUAUCAUUGAAGAAGCUAGGCUCAGGCGUGAGGCAGAAAGGGCUUCCUCAGCAUGA